GUUUUCAGUUUUUGAACCGCAUAACCUGUGCAAUGCAAUUUAUCUUUAUAUUAUUUUUCUCAUUAUUUUUAAUUUUUAGGAAUGUUGAAAGUCGAGUUGCUCCAAUUGACGCGAAAACAAAUUGUUUUCAAGCUCCAAAUGUUUGCCCAAAUGAAAAUAUUCAAUAUUGGCUUUAUACAAGAAAUGAUCAACAAAUUGGAACAGAAUUGAAUCUUCAAAACAAUACAGAUUUGAGCCAACAAUUAUUACCAUGUAAGGACAAGCAAAUAAAAAUUAUAGUUCAUGGUUAUACUGGAAAUCGAAAUGACACCUUAAAUAUUCCAAUGCGCAAAGCAUUUUUCCAAUUUGGAAAUUUCUGUGUUAUAUCAGUGGAUUGGUCAAAGAUAUCAGUACCUGGCUGUGCUUUGACAAGUGCAAAAAAUUGCCGUGUAGUAGGAAAUUGUACGGCAAAUUUAAUUGAUAAGAUGACGCAUUCCAUUGGCAUUAAAUUGGAAGAUAUUCACGUUAUAGGACAUAGUUUAGGAGGACAAGCUGUUGCAUUUAUCUCAUUGAAAGAUGGGGAGAAAGUCAGCCAUAUAACGUCACUGGAUCCAGCAUUGUCUAGUUUUGAAACGUCCGAUUUAUCCCAACGAUUAGAUCCAACAGAUGGAAAAUGGGUUGAAGUAUAUCAUACAUCGGCAGAUUCUCACAGCUUUAUUGAUCCAGUUGGGCAUAUCGAUUUUUAUUGGAAUGACGGUAAAAAUCAACCGGGAUGUGAAGAGUUGGAUCAAAUUGAAACUUCUCCUGGAAACGAUCACUCAUGCAGCCAUAAUAGAGCAUUCGAAUAUUACUAUCUAAGUUUAUAUCCCGGCAUCGAAUUUUAUGGUGAAAAAUGUGAAUUCGAGGGUAAUUUACCUUUAAAAAAUUGUAAUAACGAAACAAUUAUCAGAGCUGGUUAUCCUGUUCCACAAAGUUCAACUGGAAUUUAUCGAGUCGUCACGUCAGAUUUAAGUGCCGUAAUACGUAACUUAUCAGAGCCGAUCUUAAGUUAUAAUAGCGGUAGCCAGAUCUCAUAUUAUGGCGGUAGAUAUCACGUUUUUUUAUUAAUGCUUCUUCCACUGUUUAUAAUUUUUCUUAAUCUACCGCUUUGAGUGAUCAAAUUCGAUUUAUACAUUUUUUAUUUGGAAUAAAAGCAAAACGGUAAGGAUUAUGUUAAUUUUAGAUAUUGGAUCAUGGAGUUUUUAUUUAAAAAUGAUUUCAAGUAAAUGAACAUCUUUUUAUGAUAACAACUUUUUUUUUAUUUUGUAAAAUAUAUUUUUCAUUUGCAUUUCUUUUCGUGGAUGACGUCACGAGAAAUUUAAUGGUCUAGGGUGCCAAAUGCGACAACCCUUUCAUUAGAUAUUAGUUUUGACACGGAGUAGGAGUGCAUAUUUGGAGAAUUCAUAGUUUCAAAAAUAUA